UGGGAGCGCAGCCUGGCCAGGUGUAUCCCUGGGUUCCAGACUCCACGUGCAGAGAUGCCUCUGGGCGGAUUGGCUGACUUCACUGAUCGCUGCUGAGACUUGAGGAAGCGCUUUGCCUGCGAUGUUUAACCACAGAAGGUUUCACUUUCUGACUUUUGUGGCGGAGCCCUUCUCCCUGCAGCCCAGGGGCCUGUCUCGGUCACUGGUGCUGCUGGGCUGGGGGCCUGGGGCGGCUGCAGGGAGACCAGAGAGCAGAGUGGAGGAGCCCUGCGGGAGGGGCACCGGCGAGAGCGGGAAGAGCACGUUCAUCAAGCAGAUGCGGAUCAUCCACGGGGCGGGCUACUCGGAGGAGGACAAGCGUGGCUUCACCAAGCUGGUGUACCAGAACAUCUUCACCGCCAUGCAGGCCAUGAUCCGGGCCAUGGAGACCCUGAAGAUCCUGUACAAGUACGAGCAGAACAAGGCCAACGCACUCCUGAUCCGGGAGGUGGAUGUGGAGAAGGUGACGACGUUCGAGCACCGGUACGUCAGCGCCAUCAAGACCCUGUGGAACGACCCCGGCAUCCAGGAGUGCUACGACCGCCGGCGGGAGUACCAGCUCUCCGACUCCGCCAAGUACUACCUGACCGAUGUGGACCGCAUCGCCACCUCAGGCUACUUGCCCACCCAGCAGGACGUGCUGCGGGUCCGCGUGCCCACCACCGGCAUCAUUGAGUACCCCUUCGACCUGGAGAACAUCAUCUUCAGGAUGGUGGACGUGGGAGGACAGAGGUCAGAGCGAAGAAAGUGGAUCCACUGCUUUGAGAACGUGACGUCCAUCAUGUUCCUCGUGGCCCUGAGCGAGUAUGACCAGGUGCUGGUGGAGUCGGACAACGAGAACCGCAUGGAGGAGAGCAAGGCGCUCUUCAGGACCAUCGUCACCUACCCAUGGUUCCAGAACUCGUCCGUCAUCCUCUUCCUUAACAAGAAGGACCUGCUGGAGGACAAGAUCCUCUACUCCCACCUGGUGGAUUACUUCCCUGAGUUCGACGGCCCCCAGCGGGACGCUCAGGCGGCCCGGGAGUUCAUCCUGAAGAUGUUCGUGGACCUGAACCCAGACAGCGACAAGAUCAUCUACUCCCACUUCACGUGCGCCACUGACACCGAGAACAUCCGCUUCGUCUUCGCCGCAGUCAAGGACACCAUCCUGCAGCUCAACCUGAAGGAGUACAACCUGGUGUGAGCGGCCGCCCGCCCGCCGGGCUCUCCUGCGGACGGCUUUGCCUCACAGUCACGGGGGACGCGCCUUUCUUUCUAGACGCUCGCGCACCUUCUCGCCUCCUGUCAGUGGCAGAGGCCGCCUUUUUCUGGCCUUGACUUGUGGCUCGCUUUUUUCUAUUAAAAAAAAAAAAAGGAAAAAGAAAAAACAGAACCAAGACGUUAAGAGGAGACCUCACGAGGCCAGUGGGGGCGCCGGCCCCAGGGCCUGCCAGGGAGGCCCCCUCCCUGGUGUGUCCUUGAUCUCGGAAGGACGGCGUGGAGACGCAGAGACUGGGACUUUUCUUUCUUCCUUUUUUAAGUUAUUGACAUCCUCACCACUCUCACUGUUUCUGCUCACCGGACUCCAAGAAGUGGGGGUGGGUGGCGCCCCCCGCUGCCUGCCCUGGGAAGUGCCUAACCAUUUUUAUUUUGAGGACUCAAAAUAAAACCAAGCCCCCAGGGCCCAUCUCCCAGCCCUGCCUACAACGGGAGCCCUGGGGGCUGCGCAGUUCUCUGGGCUGGGCUGCCCGGCCCGGCCCCGCCCCCUGGGCCUGCUGCCCACGCAGGCUGGGGAGCCCCCUGGAGCCCGGGAGCAGGGAGGAGGCCCAGGAGUGGCUGUUUAUUUUGUUCUAUUUUGUAGCCAACUUGGAAACAGUGAGGUUGGGGUGGGGACUCUUCCAGAAUAUUCUCAGGUCUGCCCCAGAGAGGUAGAGCGGGAGGGAGGGUCGCACUGGUGGGUCUGUGGCCUCGAGCUCGGGCUCACUUCUGUGCCCGCCCGCGGGGAGGGCCACCCCGCACUGAGCCGUGGCGGGCCCUCAGCCAUGGCCGCACUUGGAGGCGCCUCCCAGAGGGGCUGAAGGUGGGAAGCAGGGGGCGCUGGUUUCUGGGGAGGGGUGCUGUUUCACCCCUCCGUUUAUCUGGGGGGGUGUGGACUGAGCACUGCGGUGGUUGGUUCUGUGUGGUUGGUGGUUUUGCACAAACGCGGGGUAAGUGGACGCCCGAGAUGCCUUGCACCUGCCCAGCACGUCUGGCCCCUACAGGGCUGCACUCGGUACGCCUUCAACGUAUACAAGGGAACAGCUCAAGACUCAGACCAGCCCCGUGCCAGCCCUGGCCCCACCGGGCUCUUAGGGCCCCGGGCGGGGGCUGCGUCCCUGUGGUUACCCUGCCUGCUGGGUGCGGGACGGGCGGGGCCCAGGCUUCCGAGCCUGUUCUCUGGCGUCUCCACCCCAGGGUCCCCUUCUGUGCCACGUGUCCGCUUGGGAGGGUUUGCCCCUGAAUCCUGAUGCGCGCCCUGGGGGCAGGUGGUGCCGCCGGCGGUGGGCCUCCCGAGGGCCCGGGCCACACAGGGGUGCGGUUGGGCUUCGAGGGCUGGCGUGAGCGUGUCGGGGGCCCCCAAAGUAUUAACUUCCCGAGAGGGUCAGUGUGCCGAGACCCCAGGACAAACCUGGGGGCAGUGCCAAACCUCCCCGCCUGGGCCUGCUGGCCCAGCCCCUCCCUCACCCAGUGUGAGGUGAACUUCACCUCGGGGCGCUUCCCCCGAGUGCGGACCUCCCGGCCCCUCCCGCUGUGUCUGGUAGCCCAGCAGAACUGCCCUCCCAGUGCCAACGCCCCCGGCGGCCAUGGGGGACCGUGCCUGCCGGCGGGGACCUCAUCUGGUUGUACUUGUAUAUUAUACAGUUCUGAUUUCAGACGAUUCCAACCUUAACCUAUUUAAAAAAGAAUAUUAUAUAAAAAUGCUGUUUUUAAACCUUUUGUCAUUUGAAAUGCAUGUAUUGUCCGUGCGGGCUGAGGGAUGGGCGCUGUCAGCUCAGUGCUGACCUUCUGUGGCCAAAGCUGCCCACGUCCAGGCAGCGGGUCGGGGCCCUGACCCCUUAAUCCAGAGAUCCCUGAUGGAAAUUGACUUUUCAUAUCUUUCUCCUGAAAUGAAUUCUGUUUUAAAUUGGAAUAAAUUUUGUUCCUAAACA